AUGAAUAAAGUCUGGAAACCAUGCAACAAGUGCAACAGAGUCUUUGUCAAUAACGCAGGUCUAUCAAGUCAUCGGCGGGCACACAUGCGUAAGAUACAUUCUUACUCAUGCAAAAUAUGCACAAAGUCUUUUGAUAAAAUAGGAUAUCUGAAAAAACACCAACAGACGCACACGGAUGAGAGGCCUUACCCAUGUACAGUAUGUACAAAGACCUUCAAACGAAGUUGUUAUUUGAAAAGUCACAUACGGACGCACUCUAGUGAGAAACCGUAUUCAUGUGAUUUAUGCAACGAGUCAUUUAAGUAUAACAACACUAUGAAAAAUCACCGAUUGUCACACACAGCUGAGAGAUCGUACUCGUGUGACUUUUGCAACCAGUCCUUCGCCUAUAGUGGAAGUCUGACCAAACACCAAAAAACACACGUGGAUGACAAUAAAAGUGGCAAGUUAAUGAACCACCGACUACCGGACAUAGGUGACACCCAAAGUGGAAGUCUGACAAGACGUCAGCAAACACACGGGAAUGAUAACCAAAGUUGCAAGCUGAUAAAUCAAAGGCCAACGGACGCGGAUGAUACCCAAAGUAGCAGACUGAUUAAUCGACAGCCAGCAGACGCAUGUAAUACCCAAAGUGGCAGUGUGAUUAAUCAUCGACCAACGGACUCCAGUGAUACCCAAAGUGGAUAUCUGACAAGACCCCGGAAAUCAAACGUGGAUGACAAUAAAAGUGGCAAGUUGAUUAAUCACCAACCAACGGACGCCAGUGAUACCCAAAGGAGAAGCCGGAUAAGACACCGGAAAUCAAACGAGGAUGACAAUAAAAGUGACAAGUUGAUUAAUCUUUGGUCAACAGAUGCAGUUGAUACCCAAAUUGACAAUCGGACAAUGAAACACCGAAAGAUAGAAACGUUCCAGCAAGAAACCGUAGUUUUCAAAAAAAGUGUCAUGCAAAGACAUGGGUCUACCCGGCACGUAAAUUCGGAAAGUCAUAUGUUUAUUAGUUUGGCACUAACAUCAACCAGUGGAACAUCAAGUAUAUUAUGA